CCUGACCAAAAUCCAUUUGGAGAUGUUCCUUUCAAGGCAAUUUCAGGGGAGGAUUUACCAUCAGAAACAAAUACAUCAGCUUUUGCUACUUCACAGGCUCCUUCUGAUUUUAUUAGUGCUUCUGAAAUUAAUUUACCAAUAGAGAAAAAGAUGGAACCGUCUCAAAGCUAUAAUUUUGGAAAUACAUUCGGAGAACCAAUUUAUGUUCCAGAUGUGAAUGAUCAACAUUCUUUAUCAAACCCUGAUGUUUAUGCUUCAGAAUUUUCUGCUGCAAAUUCAAGCAAAGAUAUUCUAGAUGGAAUUCUCCCAUGGACUGGCCCUGUAGCCUCAGCUUCAUUUCAGGAAACUCAACCUGCAGGUCAAAUUCAUUUUCUUUCACAAGGGAUUUCAGCUUAUUCAGCUUCCCAUGCACAUAAUUCUACAGACACCGAUUCAUCAGAUCUGAAGAUAGCUCAAAUAAAUCCAUUCGAACAACCCAAACUUUCUAAUCAUCUAACUGGACAAGCAAAUCCAUUUGCAUGCCAGGUAUUUCAGAAAGCUUCUCCAAGUGCAAAUCAGAUGAAUUCUACAGAUAAUUCAGUCCUUUUACACCCACAAAUUUCACAAGUUCCUGUUUCUCCUCAUUCAUUUCAACCUGCAUCUCUAAACGGUAUGCAAGCUUCUCAUAUGAUUUCUAUGAAUAAAAAAGGGCUAUCUUAUCUACCAACGUCACAAACUAUUUCCAUUACUCUCCAUGCUGACCAAUCUACUCCUCCAGCUAAUUAUCAAGGGCUCCAAAUGAAUCAUUCUCAGCAGCAAAAUCUUCAAUCCCAAACAAUUCCACUAUCAUCUAGGAUUGACUCACAUGUGUCUCAGAUUAAUAAUCUAAACCAAUUAGGGCCAUUAGCUCCACAAACAUCGCAGUUGGCUUCAGGUCAAUUCCAGGCAGUUCAGUUUAGUGUUCCAGUAAAUGAAAAUGUGGAAUCAGCUCAACUGAAUCCUUUACAGCAUCCAAUGGCGACGGCUUCCCACUCAUUAUCAUGUUCUCCAAUUUCAUCACAGCCAUUUCAAUCAUCCGCUCCUACCAUUAUACAUGCACCUCCAAUUAAUCUUCAGCCAUUUCGACCAGUGGCUUCAACUAGCUUACAGGGAACUCAAAUAGCAUUAGAAAACAUCCCAGUUUUUUCACAGGCAGCUCAAAAAGCUACACCAAGCAAUAUACAGACAAAUCAGCCCAGUUUCACUCAUUCAGCUGUACCAGAUCCAAUAAUUUCUACACAAGGAUCUGCAAAGCCACAACCAUCUAAGAAGAAAUUUGAACCAAAAUCUGCAGUCUGGGCAGACUCAAUAAGCCGAGGGCUGGUCAAUCUCAACAUAUCUGGACAUAUCGGAAUAGACUUUGAUGAUAUUAACCGGAAGGAGAAAAGAAGGGAAAUGAAGAGUUCCCAAACUCCAUUGCCAUCUUCCCUUGCCAUGGGAAAAGCUAUGGGAGCUGGUUCUGGUCUCGGUCGUGCUAGUUUUGGUCUCGGUCGUGCUGGUUCUGGAAUGCCUCAUCAGCAGGGCCCUGGCUUUCCAGGUCCAGGAGGCUAUGGACAAACUCAGCCAUAUGGACGUGGUGGGUAUAGUUGA